AUGGUCGCGCCCUGCCAAAUCGCCUGCAAGCAGAUUGAUCCCCCCACGAUCGGGCGGAACGGAUACCAGGGUUUCCUCAACAAGUCCGAGGUUCUUCGCAAAGGCUCUGCUCCCUUCAACCAGCGCAAGCUGUCAUGUGACAUCCUGGUCGAGCACGACGUGGCUGUCAAACUUCGCGAUGGAUGCAUCAUCUAUGUCGACGUCUACCGUCCGCCUGAGGGACAACAAGUCCCGGCCAUCAUCGCGUGGAGUCCAUUUGGCAAGAAACUCAACGGCAUCAAGUUUCUGGAAAUGAUGACGUCGUACAAUAUGGGUGUACCGGAGGGGACUCUGAGCGGGCUUGAGAAAUUUGAAGGCCCGGAUCCCGCUGUCUUUGUUGAGAAGGGGUUUGCCAUUGUCAAUGCUGAUACACGUGGUGUUGGAGACUCUGACGGCAUGUGUGUCAUAAUGGGAACCCAAGAGGGCGAGGAUGGCCAUGACUGUGUUGAAGCCAUCGCAGCUAUGCCGUGGUGCAAUGGCAAUAUUGGUCUCGCUGGCAACUCACACCUGGGCAUCGCACAAUGGUUCAUCGCUCAGCAGCGUCCACCCCAUCUCAAGGCUAUAGCUCCGUGGGAGGCCUGCGGAGAUCUGUUCCGGGAGCAGUUUGUGCGUGGUGGAAUCUGGGCCGGCAACUUCUUCGAUCACAUCAGCCAGGUCAUGAUCCAGGGGCACAACGGAAUGGAGAGCUUCAAGGAGAUGUAUCGCCGAAGUGGUGGAGUAGGCAGCGCCUACUGGUACGACAAGAGGCCUGACAUGACCAAGAUCAAUAUCCCGGCGUAUAUAACUGCAUCGUUCUGCAGCCCGCUACAUACCAUGGGCUCUAUCAGGGGAUACUUUGAUAUCGACAAUCCCAACAAGUGGCUUCGAUUUUGCCCAUACCAAGAGUGGUACGAUCUCUGGGCAGUGCCAGAGUCUACCGAAGAACUCAUUGCCUUCUUUGACCGAUACCUCAAGGGUGAGGAGAACAGCUGGGAAGACACGCCGCGAGUACGCAUGUCGACGCUUCAGUUUGGCAGCAAGGACGCCAUACUGAAUGAGCCCAUUGAGAGCUAUCCACCACCACAGACGAAAGAUGUGCCCUACUACCUGCUCGCCAACGGCGCUCUGAGCCCCGAUGGACCCUCUACGGCUGUCUUCACUGAUUCAUACAACUCAGAGGACAGUACUUGCUCUGCCAAGUGGACCUUCAAGUUUGACAAGCCGACACGGCUAUGUGGAAUACCCAAAGCCGUGUUAUACAUGUCGUGCGACAAUCUUGACGACUUUGAUGUCUACGUACUACUUCGCAAGCUCGACGAGGACAGCAAGCCCUUGCUAGCGCUCAACUGCCCAUGGAGCAAGAUCCCGCCCAACUCCAUCGAAGAGAUCCCCAAGGACAAUAUGACGGAUAUUCUGCUGUACAUGGGCCCACUAGGCAUGCUCCGGGCAUCUCACCGGGAGAUCGACUGGGACAAGUCGAUGCACCCCAACUAUCCCUUCCACCCGCACUCCGAGAUCGAAAAGGUGCCCAAGGGGCAGGUUGUGAAGCUGGAGAUAGGCAUGUUUGCUACAAGUAUAGACUUUGAGGCGGGAGAGUCUGUGAGGGUUGAAGUGACGGGCCAGACGCCGGCUAUUCAGUCCUUUAAGGAGUUGGAGGGACAGAUGGGGAAUGUUGACAACAGGGGAAUCCACAAGGUCCAUAUAGGUCCGGGUUAUCCUAGCUAUAUUAGUUUGCCUAUCUUUGAAAAGUGA